AUGGCCAUUGCGGCUGCCCUACUGGGAAAUACUUGGGAAGCCAUGUGGUGGUUUGGGCGUGUUUACCCGGUGGAUAUUUUGGAAGAUGACCCCACAGGGCACAGGGAAGCGGCCCUGGCUUACUAUGCCGCGCUUAGGGAAGGGGCACGGAGCUCACCAGAGGUUUUCUCUCUUCCCACUGGAGAGCAGGUGAAACUUGAAGCUUCAUCAGUUUGCUUUUGCACUGUGUACCCCGAUGCACCGCAGCACAAAAUCUUGGUCUUGGUUAAUCCUCAGGACACAAAGACAGGCGGCCUGUGUGGUGAUGGCACGGGUGCCUGCUACCUGCUGCCUGUCUUCGACACCGUGUUUGUCAGGAAGAGGUACCGCCACCAGGGCCUGGGCCUGGCCAUGCUGUGGGACUUCUGUGAGACUUUCCGAGAGGUCGAGGCCCUGGGCGUCAGCUGGCCGAUUUCCACCGCCAUGUACCAAGGAGAGGAUCAGUGGCGAAGAACUGGAGAAGGAUGAUCAAGAUUGCACAGGGAAAUGAGCUGCGGGGCCGCUCAGGAGAGCCCGCCGGCCUGAGCUGCCGGACCGAAGGCAAGAGGAGGGCCGCGGACGCCGGGCUGCCCGGGGGCUCCUGGCGGAAGCACACGCCUCCCAGUCCCCGACUCCCAGGGGCGCAUCUGAUCUGAGCCUGUGCAGAGGCCCUGGGGCGUCGGACGUGGGUUUGAGAGCCGCCUGUCCCCGCUCGCGUCCCCUGGGAGCUGGGAGGAGCAAAGGGCCGCACAGACCCCGCCCACCUCGGGCUGGGUGCCUGGGCCCAGGGGAAGGAAGUCCGAGGAGGCACCUCGUUUCUUAAGCCCGAAGUGCCCUGCAGGUGCGAGUAAUUUCCUUCCCGAGCUCAGGUUCCAGAAGCCCAUCCGUUAACCCCGGUGUGCUUUCUGUUACUCAGGAUGAAUGUGUAGAGGCUGCCCUGGGACCACAGGACCCAGCCUCUUUCUUUAGCCCGAGGAAGCCCCCUCCCUGCAGAACUUGGCUUCGGGGUGCCCACUGCGGGCCUGCUGGACCCGAGACCCCUGGCGCCUGGGGGCUUCUAAGCAGAUGCAUUUCUGGAGAAGCUUCAGCUGCGACGGGAGCCCCCUGAGGGCCGGGCGGGGCUGCCCGGUGCACAGCUCCGCCUCCUGCUGGCUGCGCCCGGCCCGUGUCCCGGGCCAGCUCCAGGGGACAGCCGGGGUCGCCACAGCUCAGAAGGGAAGCUGCCAGCCGAGGGGACUUUGGGCUGAUGGUCCUUCUGGAGUGGACAGGCUUGUGCCCCUAAAGGUGACCGUGAAGGUGACAGCCUGGCCUGCACGUGACGGGGUUCACCCAUCCACUUCUUCAUAUCUACACAGUCCUGCUCGGGGCACAUGCUCUGCGGAGACUAGGGUUCCCAAGCUGCGCCAAGGACCCUACCCCAUGGACUGGCUGUGGCUGUACAGUGGGACCUCGGUUAUGUAUUUACUCAUCCAUGUGUCCUUCCAUCCAUCCAUUCAUCUAUCCACUCACCCAUCCAUCUCCUUGUUCCUCCCUCUCCACUCAUCUCCCCAUCCAUCCAUCCAUUUCUCUUUCUCCCUGCCUCCAUUUCUCCACUCAUCUUCCUAUCCAUCCAUUUACCCGUCCACCCACCUGUCUGUCCAUCUGUCCAUCCAUUCACAUCUAUCCAUGCAUCUGUCCACUCAUCCAUCUGUCCAUCCAUCCCUCCAACCAUCCAUCCUGUUGUACAACAGACAUUCAGUGUGUCAGGCACAGGGGAUGUGCAGAUAAGUGAGGUGUGGUCCCUGGACUCAAGGAAACUGUCCUCUGGCAGGGUCUCUCCUGGAGUCUUUCUCUGCAGUUGUCUCUCUGACAUUUGUUAGAGACACGGUUGAGAGCUCCCUACAGAGCCGUCGUGAAGUCCCCCAGCGCCAGUGGGCUCUCUGGCAAGGAGGCACAGACCGUACAGAUGGAUUCAGGUCUGCCGUGUGUGAUGUCAGACGUCACCCUUCCCAAGGGGAGUAGACGUUUGCUGUGAACAUUUCACCAUCCGAGAUGAAUCAUCGGUGCUUUGUGUUUACGUGGAAGUGACCUGAUGAAAGCGGCUUAGGGCUUUGAUGACGUUGCUGUUCAAUAAAAGAAAAUCUCA